GUGACCACGCCCCGCCGCGUCCCACGCUGGUUGGCCGAGGCCGUGCGCUAUGCUAAUGAGCCUGACCCUUCCCGCACCUGCUGGCUGCGCCGCCCGCGGGUGCCGGGCGGACGCUGCGGUCGGUACCCCGGUACAGGCUCGCGACCCCGCCGCUCGGGAGGAGACCAUGCCGCGCUCCUUCCUGGUGAAAACGCACCCCAGCCACAGGGUCCCCAACUACCGGCAGCUGGAGACGCAGAGAGAAGCCAGUGGCGCCUGUUCUGCCUGUGGGGAGCUGGUGGGAUCCCCCUGCCCCCCUUCCACUCCCGGUGACCCUGUGCAGCCCUGGAAUAGCACCUCUGCCAUUACCUGCACCUCCCUGCCCCUCCUGUCACAUCAAGAGGAAGCUCUGGGGGCCCCUGGGCCAGACCCCCAGGAAAUCAACGGGGUGGGCCCUCGGGCUGGCCGGGCCCCCAGUGCACCCCUCAGAGACAGCCUGAACCACCUCAAUCUGCCUUCACUACUGGUGCUGCCCACACGGUGGCCACCAAUCCUGGGUCAAGAUGGAGAUGGAGCUCCUGAAGAACGUUUACGAGCUGAGGGGACAUCUCAAGCUCCAGGUGGCUUCAAGUGCAUCCACUGCCACAAGCCGUAUCACACACUGGCUGGCCUGGCCAGGCACCAGCAAUUGCGUUGCCACCUGCCGGCUGGGCGUGCCUUCACCUGCAGGUACUGUGACAAGGAAUAUGCCAGCCUGGGUGCCCUCAAGAUGCAUAUCCGUACCCACACGCUGCCCUGCAUCUGCAAGGUAUGCGGCAAGGCCUUCUCCAGGCCCUGGCUGCUCCAGGGCCACAUCCGCACCCACACAGGUGAGAAACCCUACACCUGCACUCACUGUAGCAGGGCCUUUGCUGACCGCUCCAACCUGCGGGCUCAUCUGCAGACUCAUGCUGGCACCAAGAAGUACCAGUGCAAGCUCUGCUCCAAGGCCUUCUCGCGCAUGUCUCUCCUGGCCCGGCAUGAGGAAGCCACCUGCUGCCCUGGCCCCUAGAGGCGUGGCAGGGUGGAGGGACCAAGGUGGACAGUCCUCUCAGCAACUCCAUAUCACUCGGGACAACCGGAGGAACUGGACACAGGGUCCUAGGAGCCAGGGUCCUAGAAGGUGGGGGCCUAGCCCACUGUUGCCUGUGUCCAGCUAGAACCACCAAGUUCAGUGGGGCUGUGAGGCAUCUUUCCCUAAGGAGCCCUGUUCAGAGGAGACUUCUCACCAGGAGACGGUCAUCAAAGUGAGAACCAGAGUCCCAUUUUCAGCUUGGCCUGGUUGCUGGUCCUGUUCCAGGAAGGAGAGACUGUUGUGAGGAGACUAGCACCGUACAAACCCCACCAUGACAGCAGUGAACCCACACCUGGGUCCUUCUGCAUGCAACUUAAAUGGCAUUUUUUUACUUGUGGCAUCCAUAUUGUGUGUGACCUUGGAAGGCACUGCUACCUCUCAGCAUUUGCCCUUGACUUGGGGUUUGGAGACAUUUUCUUCUACACAUGUACACAUGAGCACAGAUAUACCCUACUCCCUCCCAAGACACCCGCUAAGAUAGGGGCAGGGGCAGGACAAUUGGAAUAAGCCAGGCCCUACCUGAUCUGUGCCUCAGUGCUCCUGCUCAGAGCUGGCCUCCAUGGCUUGCUGACUUCUCGGGAACAGUUGUGGGAUAAUAAAGCCUCCACUUGUCAG